UAGCGGGUCAGCUUCGUCAGUCGGUCUCUGUACGCGAAAGAGUUUACAGUGAAAUUGUGUUGUUCACAAUUUGAAGAUUUCCCGGUUUGGAAUUUAACAUAUAGUUGUGAUACAGUCAUCCAGUGAAGAUAUAUCGACGCCUCCUUUGUUUGCCCUCCUCCAAGUUCAGGUGUUUGCUUGUAAAUCGUUAAUCAGUCAACGGCGCGGCGCGCAAUCUAAUCAACGUGACAGAGCGCGCCGUACUCCGUAAUUGGUUUCCGUUUGCUGAGCUGAAAACAACUCGAAUGCGAAAUCUUCUCCGUAGUCGUCUGUGAACCGUCACCGGAUCUACACGAUAAAAAAUAUGGUAGAGGUGGACUUGUACGUGGCUGUGGCCAUCGGCGCCAUAAUCUUACUACUGUAUCACUACGGUUCGAAGAAAUACGAGUACUUCCUAACGAAACCGAUUCCGGCCUUAAAACCAACAUUUUUGCUGGGUAAUACCGGUGCAAUGAUGUUCCGCCGGCGGGAUGUGAGUGCACACGUGAAGUUGCUGUACAAUUCGUUCGAAGGUUACAAAGUGGCCGGGUUCUACGAUCUGAUGAAGCCGAUCUACAUGCUUCGCGAUCCAGAGGUGAUCAAGCAAAUCGCGGUCAAGGACUUUGACUACUUCAUGGAUCACACGCCGACGAUGACGAACAGUAAGGCGGAUGACGAAGUUGGUGGUGAUAGUCUGUUCGGAAACUCUCUGUUUGCGCUUCGUGGACAGAAGUGGAGGGAUAUGAGGGCGACGUUGAGUCCUGCCUUCACCGGAAGCAAGAUGCGACAUAUGUUCGAGUUGGUGGCGGAUUGCGCAAAGUCUAUGGCGGAGUUUUUCAAAUCGGAAGCCGCAGCGGGAAAGAAACUAGAAUACGAAAUGAAGGAUACGUUCUCGAGAUUCGGAAACGACGUGAUUGCCACGGUGGCCUUCGGGAUCAAGGUGGAUUCGUUGCGUGAUCGGGACAAUGAAUUCUACAUGAAAGGUAAAAAUAUGCUGAAUUUCCAGUCGGUGUCAGUUCUGUUCAAGUUCUUACUGUUGCGUGCUUUUCCGAAAUUGUCCCAGAAAAUCGGAGUAGAUUUCGUGGAUUCCAACUUAACUGAGUACUUCAAAGGAAUGAUCGUGGAUAACAUGAAACAGAGAGACGCUCAUAACAUAUUCCGAAACGACAUGAUCCAGAUGCUCAUGGAGGUCCGUAAGGGUUCGCUGAAGCAUCAGAAAGACGAAAAAGAGACGAAGGACGCUGGGUUUGCCACGGUUGAAGAGUCAAACGUUGGAAAGUCAACUAUCAAUCGGGUAUGGACGGAGAACGAACUGAUCGCUCAGUGUUUCCUGUUCUUCUUGGCUGGAUUCGAUACAGUGUCUACCUGCAUGACUUUCCUGACCUACGAACUCAUGUUGAACCCCGAUAUCCAGCAACGCUUGUUCGAUGAAGUGAUGGAAACGGAAGAGUCAUUAAACGGGAAGCCAUUGACCUACGAAGUGCUACAGCGGAUGGAAUACAUGGAUAUGGUCGUGUCGGAAGCUCUACGCAAGUGGCCUCCAGCUGUAGUCUCCGAUCGGUUUUGCGUCAAGAACUACAUGUACGAUGAUGGAAAGGGAACACGAUUCCCUAUCGAGAAGGGUCAAACUAUGUGGAUUCCGACGAUCGCCAUUCACUCCGAUCCCAGGUAUUACGAGAAUCCGGAAAAGUUCGAUCCGGAACGGUUCAAUGAGGAGAAUCGUUCGAAGAUCGACACCGGAGCCUAUCUGCCGUUCGGCGUAGGUCCACGGAACUGUAUCGGGUCUCGGUUGGCCUUGAUGGAAGUGAAGGUGAUCAUCUACAAUUUGCUGAAGGAGUUCAGCUUGGAGGCUUCGGAGAAGACGCAGAUUCCGCUGAAGAUAGCCAAGAAUUUCUUCGCUUUGCAAGCGGAGAACGGAGUGUGGCUUGAGCUGAAACCCAGGAAGCAUUAAUCAGAUUUCGGUUUUCAAUUUUGACAAUAUAUGUUUACCUCGAAUCGAUAA